CCUCGGCGUGGCCUGGCGGAUAAGAGGCGGCGCUGGCUGCCCGCAGUCUAAGCUGGGACUGUUUGUGCCUGCGGGGCGGAGGCGGGGCGCCCCGGCACCACCUCUGACUACCUGUAAAGGCCCGGGCUUGCAAGCUAGCGUGGAUCCGGGCUCAUCGCUUCCUCUCCUCACAUCCCCUGCGGAGGAGACUCGCUCCACGCCCCAACAUGGCGGGCGGGCGCUGGGGCCCGCUGCUGACGGCGCUCCUGACCGCCCAGGUCACGGUGGCGGAGGAGGCCGGCCCCGAGCAGACCGCGCUCCCGGAGGAGCGGAGCUGGGUGCGGCCCAUGACCGCCUCCAACUGGACGCUGGUGAUGGAGGGCGAGUGGAUGCUGAAAUUUUACGCCCCUUGGUGUCCAUCCUGCCAGCAGACUGACUCGGAAUGGGAGACAUUUGCAAAGAACGGCGAAAUACUUCAAAUCAGCGUGGGGAAAGUCGAUGUCAUUCAGGAGCCAGGUUUAAGUGGCCGCUUCUUUGUCACUACUCUCCCAGCAUUUUUUCAUGCAAAGGAUGGAAUAUUCCGCCGUUACCGUGGCCCAGGAAUCUAUGAAGACCUGCAGAAUUAUAUCUUAGAGAAGAAAUGGCAAUCAGUUGAGCCUCUGACUGGCUGGAAAUCCCCAGCUUCUCUGACGAUGUCUGGAAUGGCUGGUCUUUUUAGCAUCUCUGGCAAGAUAUGGCAUCUUCACAACUAUUUCACAGUGACCCUUGGAAUUCCUGCUUGGUGCUCUUAUGUCUUUUUCAUCGUGGCCACUUUGACUUUUGGCCUUCUCAUGGGUCUGGUCUUGGUGGUAAUAUCAGAAUGCUUCUGUGUACCACUUCCAAAGCAUUUAUCUGAGCGCACUGAGCAGACUCGGAGGUCAGAGGAGGCUCACAAAGCUGAACGGUUGCAGGACGCAGAGGAGGAAAAAGAUGAUUCAAAUGAAGAAGAAAACAAGGACAGCCUUGUAGAUGAUGAAGAAGAGAAAGAAGACCUCGGUGAUGAGGACGAAGCAGAGGAGGACGAGGAGGAGGACAGUGCGGCCGCUCACGUGGAUGAGGAGAGGAAAGAUGCCCAGGACCAGGGGCCCCUGAGAGAGGUCCAGGAGGACGGAGAACCUGAGCCUGACGAAGAGGCGCCUGCACAGCCCAGCCCAGCCGAUGCAGACGUGGUGGAAGACACAUUGAGGCAGCGCAAAAGUCAGCAUGCCGAUAAGGGACCAUAGGUCUAAUGACAGUGUUUCUGAGAAUUCAGACCAAAGGACUGUGUCUGCUUCCCUCUGGUCUGCUGUGUAAAUCAAAUCCAUACUUUUUCCUGAAUGAGCAGCUUCUCUUAAAAAAUGAUCUCUAGUCAUGUAGUCUCAUGGCAUUAAGCCUCAUGUAUAUUAAUGAGAGUCUUUCAGGCAUGACAAUCAGGAAACGGGAAAACAAACAUGGUGUUAGGAUCUGUUUGAGCACUUGGCAUGGGCACAAGUUCAUUUGCUUCGGGGCUAGAGUUUCGACCUGAGAAAGCACCCUGCAGGCUCCAUAAAAUGAAAGCAAAGCAACUUGAGUGUCCUCACCCGCAGCAGACGUCUUGUGGAAGUUUCGUGUGAAGUAUUUGUUUCUGUCAAAUGUAAGAAACAUCAGCCACCAUGGUGGAGAGACAGUUUUUAGAGGUAGAAAUUGAGAGGGCCCUGGAUAUUAUGGUAGAGAACAGCUUGGACGUCAUCCCAACUCUCUAAAUCUCCUUUGUUGAUUUAUGUUUUACCUUUAGUAUCUCCAGCCUUCCAACCAUGGGCCUGCAGGGGCCCCACGUGCUUCCCAAGACUUCCUCAGUGAUAGGCCGCAGGCAGCAGCUGCGUGACAUCACUGUGUCCGUUCUUGACUUAAGGGUUUACAUAAUCCGGAACCAAAGUCCGUGAAGCCGUGACUGCCAAGCAUCUUGAAUGAAACGUUGUAACCUUUGGAGAUUCAAAAGGAAGUAGGGGUUUUAUCGGAGAGACUUUUGUUUUUGUUUUUUGCCAAAAUGUAGUAAUUAUUUUUUUUUCCCAAAAAGUUCCUUUAGCAAUAUUCCUUUUGAAGCCAGAAGUGCCCUAAGUGUUGCCAGUACAAGGUAGUCUUGUGAAGAGAACUUGAAUACUUUGUUGUUUUACUUCCAUCUCAAGGGGUUCCCCUGGCUCUUGAACCACUUUAUUAUUAACUGCAAAACCGUUUCUGGUUUUCCUUCAGUGAUGUGCUUUUGGUGAAAGAAUUAAUGAAAGUGAAUAUCUGGAAAUGAAAGAUUUGGUUUUGUUUCCUUCUUCCUUAAUCUUGUAAAGAAUUUUAUCCCUGUAAAUCUCUCAAUACUCAAUCUACUAAAAGUAUCCAGGGGGCCUGAUGUCUUUUAAAGAAUCCAUCCAUCUACUUCUGUCUUACCUGAUUUAUGUCUUAGAAUAAAUUCAGAAUAUUAGAGUCCAAGCUUA